UAUUCUUGGCUCAAGUUGGGCUUCAUAUUAUUGUAGCCUGCAAAAGCCCCGAUAUAUUUGCUGCGCGUUCCUUGCGACGAUGAGUUCUCAGCUGUCACAGGAGUUUUUGUCGUCCCAGUUUCGGGCGUGUGUGCCUAGACUUUCUGGGAAAUAUCACAAGGGCCAAUUUGGAAGAAUCGCGGUGGUGGGAGGAAGCUUAGAGUACUCGGGGGCGCCGCACUUCGCAGCAACGGCUGGAGCGAGAGCGGGAGCAGACGUUGCGUACAUUGUGUGCUGCAAGAGCGCGGCAACUUCGAUCAAGUCCUUCAAUCCAGAGAGCAUUGUGUUGCCUUUUCUGAUGACGAGCGAGGAGGCCAAGGAGAGCUUCGGACUGAAGUUUGGUCAGGAGCUCGAGCACGACCAGGUGGCGGCGGCGCACAGGGAGGUUUGCAAGAACGUGGACAACUGGAUGAAAUCGUUUCACUCUCUGGUGGUGGGGCCGGGGUUAGGGAGGGACGCACUGGUACAGGCGUGCGCGAGGGACGUGAUUCAGAAGGCGCGCCAAGCGAACAUUCCGGUGGUGAUAGACGGCGAUGGGAUUGUGGCGAUCGAGUCGAGCUUGGAGACGAUUAAGAACUAUCGCCGGGUGAUCUUGACGCCGAACGCAGUGGAGUACAUCCGCUUGUGCAAGGCGGUGCUGGGGAUAGAGGUGGACAAAAACGGCCUUCCGAAGGCGUGCGAGAACGACGAGGAUAGGCGGAAGAAGGAUUCUAGUAGGCAUUCAGAAGGGGGGGGGAGCGGAGGUGCGCGAUGUGACGGCGGCGACUCGAAGAGCGAGGAGGAGAUCAUAUCGGACACGGUGAAGAGGCUAGCGAAAGCGUUGGGCCACGUCACAAUUCUGAAGAAGGGCUCGGUGGACACGAUAUCAGACGGGUUUCUGGUCGUUCAGUGCACAGAGAGCGGCGGGUUGAGGCGAUGGGGGGGACAGGGAGACAUUUUGUCGGGGAUAGCUGCGACUUUCAUGGGGUGGAACUGUGGCGCCAUUUCCACAUAUGGGUUGGUGGAGAAGGUGAAGGAGCAGGAGGGACAUCCGAAGUUGGCAUCAAAGUCUGUGUUGGCGGCGUGGGGGGCGGCGACUCUGACGAGGUCGUGCGCGAGGAGGGCGUUUUCUGAGUACCACAGAGGGGGGUCUUUAGGGAUGGUGCUGGAACAGGUUGGUUCGUCGUUCUACGAUUUGUUCGAGCACCAGACGAGCAACAUAUCCGAGUUCGAAACACCUUAUUCCGACGAGUAUGUGUAAAGUUGAAUGAUUUUUUUUUUUUCGAAAUUAAAAAAAAAAAAGAGUACAUCAUUGCUG